CCUCGGUUGUCUCAACCAGCUCCUUUAUUCUUUGUGUAGGUGCUAGGCGGAGUGAUAUUGGAAUGCACCACGGCCAAAUAUGAAUUAGUCUUGCCUUUUUGUCUCUCGCUUCGUUGCUCUCUAACUCUCACUGCUACUCCGUACAUUUACCCAAGCUCCCAAGACAGACACGAUAGACACGAUCCGAACCAAGACAACUCGCAUAUCUACGAUAGAAACCGCCUCUGGUGCCAUAGUACAUCGUCUCCCACCAUAUACAAUUCGAAGCGACCAGGCACAAUGGCACCCGCCGAAUCCUUUCGAGUCCUAGACGACCAGGGCAGGCCAAUCACCCUCGUUCAGGCGGAAUCGGGCCUGAAGAUCAGUGGUUCGUCGCGGCAGAGUACUUGGAAAGAAUGUCUUGGCUCAUGUUUUCAAGGCAGCAAAUCAACUUGUGUGCCAUAUAGAGACAUUCUGUGGAGCAGUGUCGAUGCCAAUGACAAGCUGGUCAUCGAUUUCGUCGCGCGCCCCGGUACCUCGGUUGUGGAACAGCGAAAAUGGAGGGCUUUUGAUACGUCAGAGGGAAGGGAACCACUCGAGCGACUCGCACGAUCGAUUCAGGCCAUCGCGUACGGUCCGGCACAGCAGCAAAAGAAGGCCAUGGUGCUGGUGAACCCUAGCUCUGGCCCGGGUCACGCCGCCAAGCUUUGGGAGAAGCAAGUAAAGCCCCUGUUCAGCGCGGCGAGGAUGCACUUCGAUGUGGUGUUUCUUAAGAAAGGCGGCGAGGCGACGGAGCUGAUGCAACAUCUGGAUUACAAGGCGUACGACACAGUCAUUGCCUGCUCGGGCGACGGGACGCCGCACGAGAUCUUCAAUGGCCUGGCGAAGCGACCUGAUGCCGGCAGGGCUUUGAGGAAGUUGGCCAUUGCCCAGGUGCCGUGUGGCUCUGGUAAUGCCAUGGCAAUCAACUUUUACGGAAGUAGCAAGGCCGCCGUCGCCGCUAUCGGAAUUAUUAAGGGUGUCGUGACGCCGGUUGACCUUGUCUCCAUCACCCAAGGUGAAGACAGCAACCGCUACGUGUCGGUCCUGUCGCAGGCGGUCGGUAUCAUAGCAGAGAGCGAUCUUGCUACAGAACAUUUGCGGUGGAUGGGAAGCAAGCGUUUCGAGGUUGGGCUCGUAAUGCGCAUCUGGAAAAAGCAGUGCUACCCCUGCGACUUGGCGAUCAAGGUUGAAGUCGCAGACAAGGAGGAGAUCAAGAGGUUCUACGCCGACAACCUGGACAAGGCUCAAACACCCGAGGUCUAUGAUAAGAUGUAUGAUCAUGAGGGUCUACCUGAGUUGAAGUAUGGGACAGUCAACUCGGCCAUCAGCUCCGACUGGCAGCAGAUCUCUACUGACAAGAUCGGCAACUUCUACUGUGGUAAUAUGGUAUACAUGGCUCCCGACGCAGGUUUCUUUCCUGCUGCUCUCCCGUCGGAUGGCUGCAUGGACCUUGUUACCAUCAAUGGGGACCUGAGCACUGUAAAGGGGGCCAACGUCUUGCUUUCCAUUGAGUCGGGAAACUUUUACAACAGUGAGCACGUGUCAUACCAGAAGAUCUCGGCGUAUCGCAUCACUCCACGCAAUCAACAUGAUGGCUACAUAAGUAUCGAUGGCGAGAAGGUUCCCUUUGAGCCUUUUCAAUGCGAGAUCCAUCAGGGACUGGGCAGGGUUCUGACCAGACGAGGCAGAUAUGAAGCUGCAGGACCCAAGGGCUGGGAGAAAUACGCACAAGAUGCAGCUGUUGCUGUCGAGGCUCCGAAGGGCAGUGCCCAUCGAGUCGCCCCAAUGGAGAGCACAUCGAGUAUCAACAACGGGACCAGUGUCUCCUCAGACCGCCAACAAAGCGCUUCCAAGGUCCAAGCUGUCUAGCUCCCACAGGUAGAAUCGAGGAGAUCUGGGAGACAAUGUACUCGAAGCACAUGGAGCUGCGGCUAAUUUUGGGAUGCCUAGCUAGGCGUGGAGUGUUGUGAUACCCAACGAUGCUAUCAGAAGAACAUCUUUACUGUUUGAUACUUACUAGUAUUUAUCUUAAUUCAAAUCAUGUAUGCCACAUAAUAUACGUCCUCCAUCUCGACCAUCUCAGGC